GCGCUGCGCAAACUCGGAGCGCACCCGGCCGGAAGCUGCUGCUGGGAAGCCGGAGGCGGGGCGGGACGCAGGUGAGGUGGCACGGGACCUGCUGCGGUCUGGGCCGUGGGUGCUGCGUGCAGCUGACAUGGGUGAACCCCAGGGGUCCAUGCGGAUUCUAGUGACGGGGGGCUCUGGGCUGGUGGGCAAAGCCAUCCAGAAGGUGGUAGCAGAUGGAGCUGGCCUUCCUGGAGAGGACUGGGUGUUUGUCUCCUCCAAGGACGCCGAUCUCACGGAUGCAGCACAGACCCGCACCCUGUUUGAGAAGGUCCGACCCACGCACGUCAUCCAUCUUGCUGCAAUGGUGGGGGGCCUGUUCCGGAAUAUCAAAUACAAUUUGGACUUCUGGAGGAAAAAUGUGCACAUCAAUGACAACGUCCUGCACUCGGCCUUCGAGGUGGGCGCCCGCAAGGUGGUGUCCUGCCUGUCCACUUGCAUCUUCCCUGACAAGACUACCUACCCCAUAGAUGAGACCAUGAUCCACAACGGGCCGCCCCACAGCAGCAAUUUUGGGUACUCGUAUGCCAAGAGGAUGAUCGACGUGCAGAACAGGGCCUACUUCCAGCAGCACGGCUGCACGUUCACCGCUGUCAUCCCCACCAACGUCUUCGGGCCCCAUGACAACUUCAACAUCGAGGAUGGCCAUGUGCUGCCUGGCCUCAUCCACAAGGUGCACCUGGCCAAGAGCAGCGGCUCGGCCCUGACGGUGUGGGGUACAGGGAAGCCUCGGAGGCAGUUCAUAUACUCACUGGACCUGGCCCAGCUCGUUAUCUGGGUCCUGCGGGAGUACAAUGAGGUGGAGCCCAUCAUCCUCUCAGUGGGCGAGGAAGAUGAGGUCUCCAUCAAGGAGGCAGCCGAGGCGGUGGCAGAAGCUAUGGACUUCCAUGGGGAGGUCACCUUUGAUACAACCAAGUCGGAUGGGCAGUUUAAGAAGACAGCUAGUAACAGCAAGCUGAGGAACUACCUGCCCGACUUCCGGUUCACACCCUUCAAGCAGGCGGUGAAGGAGACCUGUGCAUGGUUCACUGACAACUACGAGCAGGCCCGGAAGUGAAGCUGGAAGGCAGGAGCAGGUGCCUGCAAACCGUCUGUUGGCUGAGCCCCUUGGCUACCACCUACCAACCGUGCCAGGAGCUGAGGGCAUCACCUAGCGACCUGAGCCCAUGUUCCAUCCGCUCUGCAGCUCCAGGCAUCUGUCCAGUGGGGCCUCCAUUCAUGACAGUCCUCAGGGAAACCAGGGCCCAGGCAGGCCCGGCCCUUUGCUCCCCACACAGGCCCCCAGCCCUGCGUGUGCCCGCUCUGAUCCUGCAUCCCACUCCCUGGGAGCCAAUAAAGUGCAUUUUCACAGGC